GAACCUUUUCCUAUAGGAAUUUGUGACACUUUCCUACAUGUAGACAAAUGUCAUAAAUUUCCGAUGUGUAGAAAAAUGUCAAAAAUUCCUAUAGGAAAAAAUUCCUACGAGUCGAGAAUCGACCCCCAGGUGUGGAAAUGUCAAACGUGUCAAAAACUUCAAACUUCUCAAUGUAGGUUAUGUUGUGAUUUGUACUGUUACGUUUGUAUGUUUGUAACAUAUUUAAUAUUAGAAUAGGCAAUUAACAUAUCCGGUUUUAAAUAUCAAUACGCCUACCACAAAACGUUUGUAAUACGUCAUUUUUAGUUGCAAAUAUGUGGAAAUUGCAAAGCAAGAUACAUUAGAAAUAGACAAUAUUUGGGACUUAAAGUUAGCUAAUAUGCUGUGGAGGUUACGCAAUAAUGACAACAGAUCUUAGUUCUGCAUCAAUACCCCAAUUCUACAAACAACUAUUUAAUAUAUGUUCUGAAGAUGGUCAACCCGUACUUCAUGAAGUGUACGAGAUUCUACUUAAGCAAUGUAAAUUAUCAUCAGGUCAAAUUGAAAGAAUAUAUAAGCUAGUGGGAACAUCUGAAGGAAAUGUAAAUAGAACAAAUUUUUAUAAAACACUUGCUUUGGUAGCUUGGAGUCAACAAGGGAAACAGAUUACUGAUAAAUUGUUUGAAAAUUGUGUUGACAGAGAGUAUCCAACUCCAGAGAUUAAUGAUUUUACUCAAGUGAAGAAUAUUAAAACUCAACUUACGAAAAAGAUGAAAUCAGUUGAAUUUAAUUAUUCUGCAAUAACCAAACGAGAUUCAAUAAAUGUUCAUUUAGUACCUGAAAAAAAGGGAUUGAUUUUAAAAUACUCAGAGUAUAAUAUUACUUCAGUAAGAUUUAACACUAAAGUUACCAGAAGAUAUAAUGAUUUUGUAGCUUUAAAAGAAUUAUUACUUAAUAGAUUUCCUUACAGGCUAGUACCAUCACUACCCCCUAAAAAAAUUGUAUCUGAUGCCCAUUUCUUAGAAGGCAGAAGGAGGGCUCUGCAAAGAUGGUUAACAUUGAUAAGUAGGCAUCCUGUAAUAGGUGAGGAUUCUAUAGUACAAUUCUUCCUAACUGAUCAAGGACCUGAUUGCCAACACAGGAUUAGAGAUAUUUUUGCAAGAAUUCCAGAUGAAUUUAUGACAUCAGAUAUUGCUGCAACAGCAAAGAACCUAUUACCACCAGAAUAUAGUCAAAUCGCUGUAAAUUCUCAAAAUAUAAGAACUUUGGUGAAUGUAAUUGGUAAAUUGAAGCAUUUGACUGAAGAAAACGUUGAGCGUUACAAUGCAACAGGGCGAGAUUUUGAGGAAUUUAUGAAUCAAUUAAAAACAUUGAGUACACUUCAUGUAGAACAUACUCCGAAUAAUUUGGAAAAUUGGAAUGACAUGCAAAAAGGUUUUAAUGUCAUGGCUCGGGAUAUGGCAUCACUAUCAUGCAAAUCAAAUCAUCAUGCCUAUUUAGAACAAAAUGAAGUGUGUGAAAGAUUAGGUUUGCUUUUGGAUAUCCUCAUAGCACAUAAAGACCUCUGUGAUCGAUUGGAGAAAGGUCUUCAUCACGAUCAUGCCGUUGCUCUUUCCAAACUACUUAAUAUGAAGAAAAGGAAGAUUCAGGGUGUUAUUAGAGGAACUGAUGCUGAAAAAGUGGAGCAGUUGGAAUCAAAGAUGUUGACUCAAGAAAGUGUUAUAACAAAUAUGGAAUUAAGAGCAGAUUUUAGCUUAUAUUGUGUACAUAUGGAAACUCAAUUGGUUUAUGCAUAUUUGGAAACAUUAUCUAGUAUUAUGAGAAAUUUAUUGAAUCUCCAGAUUAAAUCUCAUUCCGAACUUCAUGACAUUUGGACACGGGUGCAAGUUACUGCUUCACCAUUUUUUCCAUGUGAUAAUCAAAGUAAUGGAGUAAUAUUAAAUAACAAUUAAACAAUUUUAUUCUUGUUAUGUACAAUAAAAUAAUUUUUAGUAUUUUAGUACUUGCCAACAGAUGUAAAUAAGUGUUUAAAUAAUGGCAUAUUCAAAUUUUUUUGCAGACUAGAAUAUGGUACUUUAUAUACAUAAAGGCAGUGGGGAUACAUAUCAUAAAUUUAGUUUUUAAGUUUAAAUAAAUAUGGUUACACCAUACAGAUUAUGUCCGUGUGCAUUAAUCAUUAGUACAUUCCACUAUAAUUAUGUUUUAAAUUAUUGUUUUAUUAAAAAUAUUAGCUUAUAAUAAGUAUUUUGUAUGAAAAAAUUUCUCAAAGAAAUUGAUCUUACUAGAGA